UUGGUUUGUCAACUUGUUCUUGAAAGUUAUUUCGAAAAUGUUAGAUAAUGCCUAAAAAAAGAUAUAAUAGGUAUAAUGAACAAUCGCAGCUAAUGAUUUUAAAUAUAUUGGCUUUUUUUCAACUGGAAAAGGAACAAGUCCGAAACGGAAUUACACUUCAAAUUGAGAAUGUGACACAGCGAGCCGCAGAUGCAACAAAAUUGAGCACAACAACGAUCGCAAAUAUAAAGAAGAAUGGGAUAAAAUCAGAUCAGGAUUACGCAGCCCGUAUAUCUUCCAAGCAAAAGACAGCAAAAGCCAAAAUUAUAACAUAUUUAAAACAUAGAAUUCGGGACACAAUUUAUUCUAUGUACGCCAGAAAAGAAUAUGUAAUAUUGGCAACAAUAAGAGAAAAGUUCAGGGAAGAAAUUGAAUAUUUUGAGUUUUCCAUUAACUCCUUAAGAAGAUGGAUCAAUAGUAUAGGCUUCAAGUGGAAAGAAUCAAAUACUUUGAUGGACUUACCAAAUAUUGUUCAUAAAAGAAUCAAUUUUUUAAGGGAGUAUAUCAAAAAUAGAAAUGUAGGCCCGGAAAGUUUUACUCCAGUUUUCAUUGACGAGACGUGGAUUUUUAGCAAGGGAUCAUUUCGUAGUAGCUGGCAAGAUGACACCAAGCACACGGAUUCAAGCAAAAACAGUGAAGGUCAUCGUUAUAUCGUGGUCCACGCCGGAACCAAAGAUGGCUUCAUCAAGGGUGCAAAUUUAAUAUUCAAAAGUGGAUUAAAGACGGGAGAUUAUCAUGACAAUAUGAACAGGAAAAACUUCGAAAACUGGUUUAAAACUCAGCCGGUUCCAAAUCGUCCCCCAAAGUCAUUUAUAAUCAUGGACAAUGCAAGUUACCAUUCUGGUUUAUUAGAAGAAAUCCCGAGAAAAUCUUGGACAAAGCAGAGACUGACCGAAUGGUUGAAGAAAAAGAAUAUUGGCUUUCCAGAAAAAGCCAUUAAAGAUAAAAUAUGGAGUAUUGCACGCAGAAACUGCCCUAGUGAAAAAAAGUACUUCCUUGAUGAAUAUGUUAAACCUUUAGGCACAACAUUUUGCGACUGCCACCAUAUCAUUGCCAGUUUAAUGCAAGUAAUGGUAUGGUCGGAAUGUAAAUGAAAAUAUGAUCAAUAUAUUUCCAAUUUUAAGGGGUCACCUUCAGAAGUUCUGACUACAUGGGAAAGGGUAAUAAACGAAAUUUCUAUAGAUCAUUGGCAAAAAUAUGUUUUUCAUACAGAAAAGGUAAUUGAAAAGGCUUAGAAGGCAAUACAAGUGUGUGAUACCUAUGACAUUCUGCCACUUGUGAUUACGACUGACAUUAACUUGGUAAUGCAAUAUGGCGUGUUUUUUUUGAGUUUGUAUAUUUUAUUUUUUGGAAUGGUAUUUUCAUUUUAAUGUGUUAACAUAUUCCUUCAAGCAGCAUUUUUUUCAUGAACAAGUAAAUUAAAUUGUCAGUAUUUAAAUUUCUCCCAGUGAGUUAAAAUAAUUUUAUACCAUUAUUCACAAUUUUUGUAAGCUCGGUUUUGUUACGUCUACUGCUCGUGCCGAAUUCUACUUUUCAAAUAUGUUGUAGAUUUGGUUUUUGCGGUCUUUUGC